AUGCUUUAUCAGCGCUGCUGCAACUUUCGUCUCUCGGAUGCCUUCCGGGCUCUACACCCAUACAAGAGAGAGUAUACCUUUUACUCCUGCGCAAAUCAAUCCAGCUCUCGCAUAGAUCGCGCGCUCAUCUCGCAAUCGCUGCUCUCGCACUUAGAACUUGCCUCGCACAUCAUGCCGGCUGACCCCAUCUCUGACCAUAGCUUUGCAGUCAGGGUGGCCUUUCGGAUGAAGACGAAAGUUCAGGCUGGUCCAGGGCUAUGGCGCCUGCCUGCUCACAUGAUUGGGAAGCCGGGGGUACGGAAGAUUAUUGAGGUGGUGGAAACUCAGGCUGCGAAGCAUGGUGACUCCUUCGAGCUGCUGAUUUCCUGUCUUAACGCCGGACUUAAGGCAUAUGCGAAGGAAGAAAGAAAGCGUAUCCGGGCGACGAUACAGCACCUUCAAUGCGCGGUGGCAUCCUUAAAGCAGGCCUGGAUGCGGGACCCGAGCUGUGACAGAACUAAGAAGCUGCUGGGUGAGCGGGAGCUCCAACUUAAAAGUUACCAACAGGUGCGGCAGGAACGACUUCAUGAGAUGGCUGGGCUGGAGGCGGAGGCUGCCGUGGUGUCACUUGAAGCGGAUUGGUCGGAGGAUGAGGUGAAGCGGGCCUUCCGUUCGUUGGCAAACAAUAAAGCCCCCGGGAAGGACGGGCUUCCGAAGGAGCUGUUUGAGGCGCACUGGGACGUGUUGGGGAAGCAUUUCAUGAAGCUGGUUGCAGACUUCUCGGAGUCCGCGGUGCUCCCCACCAGUACGAAGGACGCCGUUACUAUCCUGCUUCACAAAAAAGGGGGGAGAGAUCGGAUUGAGAACUACAGGCCGAUCACUCUACUCAGCUCGGUCUACAAGGUGCUGGCGCGGGUCGUGGCUGACAGGAUUAAAAAAGUGCUGCAUGAGGUGAUAUCGACGGAGCAAUAUGGGUUCUUACUGGGCAGGCGUCUUUCGGAUGCGGUCGGCCUGGUAGCUGAUGUCAUCGAAGCCGCUAAGCAUAAAGAUGAAGACUGGUACAUCUUGCUCGUCGAUUUUAAGAAGGCCUUCGAUUCCGUCUCGAGAAGUUUCUUGUUCGGUGUUUUGGAGAAAAUAGGCUUUCCCCACCGCUUCAUUCGCUGGAUACAGGGCCUGCAUGAAAACACCACGACGAGCCUGUUAAUCAAUGGUUGGAUGGGCGACGCUGUGGAGGUAGUGUCUGGAGUAAGGCAGGGGUGUCCACUAGCCCCGUACCUGUUUCUGUGCGCAGUGGAGCCGUUGGCGCAGGAAGCGGCGAGUCGGAAUUUGGGGCUCACAGGAGAAGGGCGUCGUCUGGCGUAUCUGGGAUAUGCUGACGACACCACCCUGCUUCUGGAAGGGGAUGCUCAGAUUGAGGAGGCUGAAAAACUCUUGGAAAAAUUCGAGGGGGACUCGGGCUUGGCUACCAACAAGGGGAAGUCGGUGGUCCUGCAACUGGGGAAGAACCUGAACAAGCAGCCGUGGAAAACGGAUGGCUUUAAGUGGGCGAAAGCAGAUGAUGCGGAGCGUCUGCUGGGUGUGUGGGUGACCCCAGCUGGAAGCUGUGAGCCAACGUGGGAGAGGGCCUUCGCGCAGAUUAAGGAGAAGCUAAUACUGUGGGAAGCGCAGCACCUCACAACCGGGGCGAGAGCAGCUGUCAUUAACCGCUAUAUCUCACCGAUAGUCUUCUUUCAGGCGCAAAUAUAUCCUCCACAUGUGGGGAUCUGGGGGAGAAUCAUCAAGCUGGUGCAUAAUUUCAUGUCUGGGAACAGGGCCUCUACCGAUAAGGGAGCUGCUAUAUAUGUCACGAGAGGAUGGGGGAGUUGGUGUGAAUGA